AUGGCACGCUCACUUACUUUAAGGUAUGACACCAUAAAUGGAGAUCCAUGCAAUGGAAAAUCACCACAUAAGGAAAACACCCUCCUCAUAACUGUCGUAGCAGUACCUGUGGUGAUAAUGGCAUUGCUGGCAUGUACAUUGACAGUGUUUUGUUUCUGCAGAAAGCAAGGUCCCAAAAGUCAAGAAAACUGUAAAGGUCAUAUACACACAUCCGACAGCCGUGAAUUCACAUAUGCGGAGUUGGUUGCAAUAACAAACAAUUUUUCCGCAUGCAUUGGUGAAGGAGGUUAUGGACCUGUCUUCCAUGGCCAAUUAAAAGAUGGUACCCAGGUUGCUGUCAAGAUGCAUUCUCCAACAUCAGCAACAGGAAAAGGGAUGGAAGAGUUUUUAGCUGAGGUUGGGAGCUUAACAACCGUGCACCAUAGGUAUCUCGUUGUGCUGGUUGGCUACUGCACUGACAAGGACCAUUUAGCUCUAAUUUAUGAGUACAUGCCUAAUGGAAGUCUUUAUGAUAACAUACAAGGCAGAAAUGCAAUUGUUCAGACACUGGGAUGGCGUGAUCGAGCACGGAUUGCACUUGAAGCUGCCCAAGGUUUGGACUACUUGCACACGGGAUGCGUAUUACCAAUAAUUCAUAGAGACUUGAAGGCGCACAACAUUCUUCUAGGACAUGACAUGGUUGCUAAGAUCUCAGAUUUUGGAUUGUCCAAGUCAUACAUCAAUGUGGCACAAAGUCACAUAUCUGUGACAGCUGCAGGAACUCUAGGCUACAUCGAUCCAGAGUUUGUUUUCAUACCUAUUCUCUUAGAAUCAUGCACAUUGGCCCAACUGCUCUUUUCUAGGUACUGUGUUAGCGGCAGGCUCACCACAAGCAGUGAUGUCUUCAGCUUUGGAGUGGUUUUACUAGAGAUUGUCACAGGUGAACCUCCAAUCUUGCCGACCCCUGUGCAUAUUGUGCAGCGUGUAAAGGAGAAGGUUAUCAUGGGCGAUAUUGAGGCAAUUGUUAAUCGAAGACUUCACUGUCAAUAUGACUUCAGUUCUAUUUGGAAGGUUGUGGACAUGGCCCUGCUUUGCACAAGAGAGGUGUCCAGUGAGAGGCCAACAAUGAGUAUGGUGGUGGCUCAGCUAAAGGACGCUCUAGCACUGGAAGAAUCACGUGUAAGUUCAAGCACCAUUAGCCAAGUCGGUUCUAAUGUGGACCUGUCAAUUAGCUGGGUAGCAUCAGGAAGAUGA